AUGGGUAGAUCAUUCAAGGUUUUCCUGAGCAACUACGUGUACAGCUGCUCCGAAUGUGGGAAUCACCUGUCAGACCCCACCGAGUUAGUGUCAACGUCCUUCCGCGGGAGGACAGGCCCCGCGUGGCUUUUCUCCAAUGUUAUAAAUGUGUGCGAAGGACAGUACGAAGACAGAAUGAUGACCACGGGCCAGCAUACCAUCGUCGAUAUUUAUUGUAACAACUGUAGAAACAAUGUGGGGUGGAAAUAUGAGGACUCCUCGGAGGAAUCGCAGAAGUAUAAAAAGGGAAAAUACAUUUUGGAGAAGGCUCUGCUUUCCUUUUUGGUUAUAGACCAGCACGGGAAGGAGCAUGAGUUUGAGUUGAAGUCGUCUGACUGUGAUUUUUGA